AUGGGUCGUCCCAAGAGAGUCCUCUCUUUCAUGUCACAAUGGGGUGGCCUACCAAAUACCCUGCACAAAAACCCUCCCUCUGCUGGUCCCUCUCCAGGCUCCACGUCCCCCGCUGCUCCACCUUCACCCGCAAUGAGACAGCAAGGACCCUCGCCAAAUCUCACCCACUCCGCUACCGCCCUCGAAAGCUACAACAAUGACCGCCCACCUUCUCGAACCACUGGGCGCGAGCGUAGUGACUCGCGAGCCUCUGUACGCCCUAUGUCCAUGAUUCAGACAUACCAGCCACCUGUCAUGGAGGUGAGCCAGGAUACGUUACCUGAGCUACAGCGCAUCUUCAUGUUUCUCAACAGCCAUUCCAACAAGCUGUACCAGGAGGGCUACUUUCUCAAGUUUCAUGACACCGAUUCUCGCGGCCGUCCCCCUCCAGACCGAAAGUGGCAAGAGUACUUUGUCCAACUUGUGGGCACCAUUCUCUCGCUAUGGGAUGCGAGUGCGCUCGAUCAAGCAGGCGGCGAGGGUGAGGUGAUACCAACGUUUAUCAAUCUUACCGACGCCGCGAUUCACAUGAUUCCUUCCAUGACGCUCAAAGAUGGCAAGAAACUCGACAAUAUCCUCAGUGUGUCAACAGCUGCCAGCAACAAGUACCUCUUCCAUUUUGACUCGUACCACGCCCUAACACAAUGGACUGCUGGUAUCCGCCUGGCCAUGUUCGAACACACCACUCUCUCCGAGGCAUACACAGGCGCAUUGAUUGCAGGCAAGGGCAAGUCACUCAACAACAUCCGUGUCAUACUAGACCGACAGUGCGCAAAGUACGAAGACUGGGUCCGCGUUCGCUUCGGAGCUGGCACUCCUUGGCGCCGCUGCUGGUGUGUCGUAUCUCCACCGGACGAAAAGGAGUGGAUGAAGCUACAGAAGAUGCAUAAGAAGGGCAGUUCUUACGAGCGACCACCAGUUCUCAAAGGCGAUAUCAAAUUCUACGACACCAAAAAAGUCACCAAGAGAACAAAAGCCAUUGCCACGGUCAAGGAUGCAUAUUCGUGCUAUGCCAUUUACCCGCAAUCGAAACCGCUCAUUGACCAAUCCACCCUAGUCAAGAUUGAGGGCAAGAUUACUGUUCACUCGAACCCAGAGAGCACAACAGAAGGAUUUGUUUUUGUUUUGCCAGAAACGAGGCCCGCCAUUUCAGGUUUCGAAAUCAUGCUUCAGUUUCUCUUCCCCGUUUUUGACACGUUCGCUUUGUACGGACGGCCCAAGAAGCUAAUCGCCGAUGUUCUUGACACUCGAGGAUUGAUGUUUGCCAUGCCUUCAGAUCGACGAUACGGAUACUUGGAAAUGUGGGACGUCGUGGGCUUGAUUAACACACCAGGCAGUGACAAAUGGUCGGAGCGUCAGUGGAGAAAACAGUUGAAGGAUCUUACCUCGACACGUAUGAACACUCUGGGUUCUGACGCUGGUUCCGUGUACAAUCGAGCUAGCCGCAGAAACACCGUGGGUCGUGCCGGUUUCACUCCUCGUGGCUUACGUUUCGAGGAUCACGGCUCGGUCCGCUCCAGCCCAUCUACGCGCCAGUCAUCACCUAGUAGGAAGACACUCCAGGAUCUUGAAGUGCAACCACCGCGUCGGGUCGGAACUGCACCAGCUGCAGACCCAUUUGGUACCCCGCGUCAUCAACGCUCCGUAUCCGAGCAAGUCAAUGGUCGCAGCCAAACGACAUCAUCAAGGUUUGUGCCGGAUCAAGCAUCGAUUGAAGACGAAAACCCGCCAACGCCCCCUGAACAUCGUAUAUUCAACGUGACUCCACCAGCCGGAGCUGUACAGCCAUAUGACAGUUCGGAUUACGAUGAGAGUCCUUCGAGAGAACCACAUGAUCUGCCGCCGCCUCCUGCAGACUUGGCCGCUCCUCCUCAAGGCAACGUCGAUCUACCCCCAACUCAGGAGCAUGCCGCCAACCAGAGGCCGCCCAUCCGGCCCAACAUUCCCAUGGCAAAGCCGAACCCAGCUGUUGAUUCCGCUACACUUCAGCAAAUGGCUGAUGCCGUGCAUGCACCAUUGCAACCAGGCUUGGCUUACUCCAGCGGUGUCGCGGCUUGGAGAGGCCAGGAGAGCAUUCAAAGCAGGCGAAGCGGCGAUUACGCUGACCAAGGACAGAUGAUGUCUCUCGACGUCACCUCAAGACCACCUCCGACAAAUCAGAACUCGAUCAACCGUUUGUCCACUAUUCCUGCAUCGCCUUAUGUUGAGCAUUCGGAGUUUGUCGAUCCUCCAAAUACCUACCAGCCAGUUGCCCCGCCCGUCCCAGAGCAUAGUGAGUUACCUCAGCAGCCACAAAGGCAAGAGCUUCCUUUCCGCCCAUACCCGGAAAAUGGCAGCAUCACACGCAAGCCACUGCCAGGUCCGUCUCCCCUCGCCUCGCAAGAGGAUGACACUCUAUCGACCAAUAGCUCAAGACUCGACAGUUUACAACACGACGUAGUCGACCUCGAAGCACUCGAUGCUCUCAACAUGGCCCAGGCAACUUUGGCCCGUCGACCCAGCGCAUCAAGCAGCCGUUACGAAGAUGAUGCCGCAUCUACAUCAACACCGGACUAUGCUAGCAUUGUUGAAGAGGAACCACAACCUCCCCCACGCCGACUUCCUCAAAGACGUGAGGACCGCCCCAGAAGCGGCGUGUUGACAAUCGUUGGAGACCCCAACGUGAAGGCUCCUGUAGAACAAGACCCGCAUGGAUACAAGUCUAUACUAGACCCUGCCCAAACACCAGCUGAGGUACCCAACAUUGACUUUGGACCAACCUAUGCUCUAGAUUUCAAUGAAAAACGCCCGGGUACUAGCGGAACGAUGACACAAGUGCUGCACGACGGCGGUGCCUCACGAUCCAAGGAAAACCUUGCGACAACUCCAAAUGAGCACAGGAGGACUUCAUACAUUUCUGCAGGUAGUUCGCCUCACUUGCCUUUGCAUGUGCGCAGUGGCUCCGACUCCUCAAAGAUUCAAGAUUCACGGCAGGUACCCUGGCAACCAGCCGCGCCCCAAACCCAUCAGUCAGAUAAACAAAAGUUGGAUCCUCAGGAUUGGGUAAUGCACCGCGCGUCUAUGCAGCAGCCUAAGAUGUAUGGGCACGGGAGGAGCAAGUCGCACACGCCUCCACCUUUUGUUCGCACACCUUCCGGGGAUUGGAGUCAAGUUCAGCGAUCUCCGUACGAAUCCUCAGGAAUGGUCCGCCCACCUAGUCGUCCACUAAGCUGCGGGGUAGACACACUGCUCGAGCAACGACCCACAACAUUGUCAGCUCGCGAACAAGAACAGGUGGCGCGCAUGACAAACACGCCCCUUCUUGACCUCUCGCAGAAUUCCAAGAAGUCGCAGCAAAAGGAACCCCCUACAGGGUUGACCGGGCUCAUUGACAACCGCGAAAAGGAGAGGGCCGCGUCAAAAAUCAAUCGCCACAGUUAUUCGGCAGCUAUGCAAGUCGAGAUUGAUAGGCGUACCCUGCAGAACCAGCAACGACAAAUCAUGGAAGCCCAACAGCGUCAACAAAUGAUGAUGCAACAACACAUGCAACAGCAGUAUGCCAUGGCGCAAAGUACGUAUGCCCCAAGCAUGAUGGGAACGCCAAGCGGCAUGGCAGCACCAAGUGUGAUGGGCACCCCUAGUGUGAUGGGCACUCCCAGCGUCCUGGGCAUGCCCACAGGUCCCGGCACACCAUCCGGCGCAUCUGUCAUGGGCUACUCCACACCAAACCAGAUGCAUCCAAUGUACCAACAGCAGCAACAAUAUUUCCCACAGCAGGCGUCGACACCAUAUAUGCAGGUUCCUGGUGCUUGGACCACACCAACGGGGCAAAUGCCACAAGGACAAUACUUUCCUCAACAGCCUAUGCAAGGCUAUAGCAAUGUGAGCCAGCAGCAGCAACAACAGCAACAGGCACCGACACAAGCAUAUGGUGCGAGCUUUGAUCAGGCACAAGAGGCAGCGAGACACUCUUACCACCAGCAGCAAGGUCAUUUGCGACGAUGA